CUGCCGUAAAUGUCAAAUACCGGAAAAUAGCCACCCCAUGAAUCAGUCUGUGAAAAUUCAGUGUACCAUUUGGAUUUAAAUUAGGAAAACGUAUACUUUUAUCUAAAAAUUGCUCAAAAUGCCGUGCGUUGGUUGUGGAAAGGAUUGCAAGUGCACGCCGGAGAAGUGCUGCGAGAACUGCAAGUGCCAAAAACCCGGACAGUGUGGAUGCAAUCCGUCGAAUGCCAGCUCCUCGGGCGGAUGUUGCAAGAAGGAUGGCGGCGACACGGCGGGCGGCGAUGCAAAGUCAAGUUGCUGUGGCGCAAAGAAGUAGAAGCCCAUCCCCAUUAAUGUCAGUA